AUGGCUUUUUCUAAUCGGCAAGAAAAACUAUCAUCGGUAACACAUGUUGCAAAUGCUAAUCAAGCAACAUCCCAUCAAGUGUGGCGUUAUUCAAACAUAAAUAAUGUCAAAGUUGUUUAUAACUCAAAUGAUGCUAAAAAUUAUUUACUAGCCGUUGCCAAGGGGUGGGGAAUCGAUGAAUCUUCUGAUAUUGGGAGGAACUUUCUUAAUAAUAUACUGAAAGCGACUCAACAACAUCAUCCUGUGCCGACACACCCAUCAAUAUUUGAAUAUCCAAUGGAAACAGAACAUGAAACACAUUACAUGCUGAUUUUGAUAUAUGCAAAAGAAGAUCGAAUUGAAAUUGGUUAUUCAUAUCACUAUAUGACAAAUCAAGCAUCAGCAAAGUGUAACGAUCCAAUGAUAUCACAACGAUACUCAAUUCAAUGGCUUAGAGAAAAAGCUAGACAAAGUUUAAAACUUCCUACGGCUAUAGUUACUACGAUGAUGAGUAAUGACAUACCGGCGGUUCAUGAUAGUAUGCAUCAUGGUCAUCAACAACAGUUGCCACCAGCCUCAAUACCCGUCGCCUUGUUUGCAAAUGCGCUACAUAAUGACAUUGCAAUGGAUGAUAUAUCUCAGCCAAUUUCAUCUAACAAUCCUGCUCCCCUUGUAAAACCGAACAAUCUCCAGACUAAAAUGCCGCGCCAUUUAAGAUAUUUAUUUUUUCUCUUUGGCACUCACAAUAUGGCAAGUGGUGGAAAUAUAACAAUCCGACGUUCGGGCGUCGAAUCAGUCGAACGACAUCGUAGAGAAGCCGGCUCUGCUUGGGAACAUACUCAUGUGAACGGAUCAAGAACACUCUCAACUGUGAAUGAUGCUCAAACAUAUAUUGAUACAUUAGCACCUGCAUGGGAUUUGACUUCAAGUGUAACGGGUAGAAUUUUCAUAGCUGAUAUAAAAGCUCAAUGUACAGUUGUGGGUUCUGGUGCAAUUGAUCAUGUUCAUGUUGAAUUUAAUGAAGGAACACAAACAGGAACCGGCAAAUAUAUUUUAGUCGCUAUUCAUGUAGAUAGCUCUAGACGAAUAACACUUAGCUAUACCUAUCAUGAGGUAAGUGAUAGGUUGAGACCUAAUUGGGUAUAUACAGAAUAUGCUACUGGUGCUGUGACAGAUUGGUUAAAAUCAAAAGCAGUAGAAAAUCUUCAAGGAAUGGUACCAUUAAGUCAUCGACCAUCUAUAACCUAUGAAUAA